GUCCCUUCGUUGUUCAAGUUGGUGGCAGCUGCAGCAGCAGUAGCCCGGUGCUGAGGCUCAUGCCGUGACUGCUGCCUGCCUCACAUCCAAUCAGCCAGCCAGCCAGUCUCUCCGCCUGCAUGACACACGACCUGUCAGCCACCAGUCGCUGCGCUGUCUCCCACGUGGCUUCUGCUGUCGCAGCCGGGAGAGCCGCAUGCAGAGUGGAGCUCCUUCAAGGAGGCAUGGAUGAGCCCGAGGCUCAGAUCUGCUGCUCCUUGGUCAUCGAACAGCUUGACAAGUCCGGCCAGUCGGUCCGACGCAAGGCAGUGCGCGACGCGACCCUCAUGCUGGGGAGGAGUGAAGUGCGGGAGCUGCAGCUGCAGGUGCUGUGCCCUGGUCGGAGCGCGGAGCGGUUCUGGCUGCGUGACGCUGUGGUGCACUCACGCUUCGUGCGCGAAGGCAAGGGCGGCCUGCGGCUGCCCCAUCACAGCACGCAGCUGCUUCUCUCAAACUGCCCCCCCGACCGCCUCAAGGCGUUCCUGCGCACGAUUGCCGGCAAGACCAUGGCGGAGAGUGGAGUAUCCAGCGUUGGCACCGACCGCAAGCGACUCCUGUCAGAAGCACCCCGCUCCUUCGUCACCGUAAGCCCCCUGUCGGCACGCGACCUGCAGGCGGCCCGCGAGAAGGCACGGCUUGCGCAAGCGGGCGGCGGCGGCAGCUCGGGGGGCGGCGGCGGCGGAGGAGCCCCGCUUGGGACGAGGCAGCCCCUGGCCGCCCGUCCGGACGGGAACGUUGGGCGAGGAGUUGCCGGGACGGCGAGCAAGAGAGCACGCAGCCCCCACGGGCACGUCGAGUCGACCCCCAAGAAACCUCUGAGAGACUGCAGCAUCGCGGGAGCGUCAGAUAACCUGCCAGACCUGCUCAGGGUGGCACGCGUAGGACGUGGUGGUUCGGUGAGCCUCUCGCAAGAGCAGAGGGCCGUGCUGGAAGCAGUCCUGGCCAGGAAGAACAUCUUCUUCACAGGGAGCGCCGGCACUGGAAAGUCGUUUCUACUGCGUCGGAUCAUGGGGACCCUGCCGCCUCUCAGUACCAUCGCCACCGCGAGCACCGGUGUGGCUGCCUGUCACAUCGGAGGCAUGACAUUGCACGCCUUUGCCGGCAUGGGCUCGGGAGUGGGGCCACUGGAGCAGUGCGUGACCAUGGCCAGGCGACCGGGCGUGCUGCAGCGCUGGCGAUCGUGCCACACCCUCAUCAUCGACGAGGUGUCCAUGGUGUCCGCGGACUUCUUCGACAAGAUGGAGGCGGUGGCGCGGGCGGUGCGAGGUCGUGACGAGCCGUUUGGAGGGAUACAGCUGGUGCUGAGCGGAGACUUCCUGCAGUUGCCGCCUGUAUCACGAGACCGCACUGUCAAGCGCACCUUCAGUUUUCAGGCCAAAAGCUGGCGGCGGUGCGUGCAUCUGGCGAUGGAGCUGACCCAGGUGCGUCGUCAAAAGGACCAGGCUUUCAUUCGGGUGCUGCAGAUGGUGCGGACUGGCAGGUGCACGGACGAGGUCACGAGGUGCCUCGUUGCCACGAAAAACAACGCGAUCGAGAAGGACGGGAUCCUGGCGACGAGGUUGUGCACUCAUCGCGACGAUGUGCAGCUCAUCAAUACUUGUCAGCUGGCCAAGUUGCCCGGUGAGACGCGCAUGUUUGAUGCACUGGACAGCGACCCCAGUCAGGCAAAAGCCCUGGAUGCCAUGUGUCCUGUCGAAGCCUCCCUGCAGCUGCGCAAGGGUGCACAGGUGAUGCUGACAAAGAACCUGGACGUGCAGAGGGGUCUGGUGAACGGCGCACGUGGGGUUGUCACGGACUUCAGCACCGAGAAAUGCGGCCUGCCACUGGUGCGGUUCGCAUGUGGCGUGGUGCAGGCGGUGCAAGCGGAGCGCUGGGUGGUGCGUGCCGGGGGAGGAAACGUGGUCACCCGCAAGCAGCUGCCUCUGCGUCUGGCCUGGGCCAUCUCUAUUCACAAGAGCCAGGGCAUGUCUCUGGACUGCGUGGAGGUGUGCCUGGGUCGCGUGUUCGAGUGCGGUCAGGCGUACGUGGCGCUGUCGCGCGCCCGCUCGCUCCAGGGCUUGAGGGUCGUGGACUUUGACCCCUGCGUGGUGCGGGCCGACCCGGACGUGCUGCGUUUCUACGCCGCGCUGCGGCGGGAGGCGCCACUCACGCAGGGUUCCCUCAACAACUGGCUGCAGAGAGAAGAUUCUGAGAACGGCUAACGGCGGCACGGUGCUGAUGUGCUGGUGCUGAUGUGCUGGUGUGCCUUUGAUUUACUGCGCACACUGGUCAUACCCACCAUAUCCAUUUACCAACACUCCAGCAAAGCUCAGUGCUUCUGGCAUAACUCAACUUGGCCUGGGUCUGAUAAUUGCAAACUUACGGGACUCCUGAUGAAUUGUUAAAAUUCUGCAGCAAAAGCGAAGGCUUUUUUAAUAUAUAUAAAAUGCACUAAGUGUUUGAGAUGCCGGUGCAGACAGGCAAUUACUGUAAUCAACUGUUACGCUUAAUUACGAGUGAUGCAUUUCUGUUUUAACUCGAGGAUGUGUUCUCUUGGAAGACUGUAUUUUAUACAUAUACCAUUGGAAUCUGCACGGAUAGUGCUGUUGUCAGAGUACUUCACCAUCAAACAGAAGAGUUGAAAUCCCAGUCAAGGGUCAAAUCAAGACUCAUUUUUAUAUAAAAUCAGCGUCUUCCUGCUAAAAUGAGUGUCGGGUGGUCUUGUUGGCGGCUCUAAGUGCACGGUGGAAAUUCUACAUUCCAGUGAUGUGGUUGGUUUAUCGAUAGAUAACUGUUAACUUCCCACAGAUCACUGUUAAAAUUCCUACGAAAUUAAUGUUUUAUAGCCCUGGAAGAAAUGUGCCGAGUCAAAUCACAGUUAGAAUUUUAACCCUCAACCUUCUGAUUGAGUUGAGAACUCUAAUGACAGCUAAAACCCGUCGUUAACGAUCUACGUCUGGUGGCUGGGUGUGCGAAGUGCGGGGCACACCUCCCCUGCCAUCUCAGUUCUUGGUCACCUGUCUCUUGCAAACAAGUUAGAGAACUGUAACAUAUGCAGUGCAAAACACCUAAGUUAAGUAUUGACCGUCUUCGGCAAGAAGGAUGUAAUCUUGUCACUUAGUAAGCGAGGUGGGGCGGUGUUGAUAAAUCAGGAAAAAUGUUGUGGAACGCAGAAACUGCUUGUAUUUCUGCCAGCCAGGAGCAAAGGCGGUUUGCACAUGACAUCUGCGUCCAUCUGUUUACAUGAGUUUACGUGCGACGACAGCUCUUGAACGAUGAGCUGAAACUGACGGACAAAUAGAGGACUCGGUUUGUGUUGUCUGAGAUCGUUUUGAAGUUGAAGAGGUUUACAAGACGGCUCGUUAUUUAAUUUGUAGACAAGUUGUGAGAUGAACCGUCCAGAACGAGCCAUCCUACUUGUCUGUACGUGAAUGAAGUGUUUCCUGAAAACCUUUCGUCUACCUCAGAUUGCAGCAGCGUACUUGCCUGUAUGGCCAGGUUAUCACCACAAAGUGACCAUUUACUUUGUUGGGCAGUCUGAUCAGCUUUUAUGCAUUUUUUAAAACAAAUUAGCAAUUAUGUACAGGCACUUUUAGUUUGUAAAAUUUUAUAAUAAAGAUGAAGAAGUUAUACCUUGUGUGUGC